UCUAUUUUGCUGACCACGUUGCAAACACUGACCUCCCUUGUGCAGUCCAUGGUCAGUAACCAGAGGAGUAAUGCAUCUCCUUCCAGAGACACCACUGCGCCACUUAAGGAGAAGGCAUCAGCGGUGUCGUUUCAACAGUUCAUGGCGAUGCAGCCGCCUAUCUUUUCAGGAGGGUGCAGUCACGAUAAGGCAAAACAGUGGAUUGAGGAAGUUGAACGCAUCUUUGUGCUUCUGAAGAUGCCUGAGGAAGACAAAGUGAACUAUGGCACUUACCUGCUGAAAGGUGAUGCCAUGGAUUGGUGGAAAUCAACUCUUGAGAUCCGGUAUGCAGGCCAACCGUCAAUUUCUUGGAAGCAGUUUAGAGAUUCCUUCCUCAACACCUACUACCCAGUGCAUGCUAGAGACAAGAACAUGCAAGAGUUUCUUGAUCUACAGCAAAAUCAAAUGAGCUUGGAGGAAUAUAUUACAAGAUAUCGACACUUGGAGGCGUAUUGCCCACACUUCUACACCACAGACGGAGCUAGAGCAGGUAAGUUUGUGCGCGGUCUGCGGGAGGGACUGCGAACCAAAGUUUUGACGAGCAGACCUCGUGACUUGGACGAGGCGGUCACUAUGGCAAGAUGUAUAGAAGAAGACUGGGCGAGGACACAGAAGGAUCACCAGAAGAAAGCAAGCCAGCAUUCACAAGGUGGACGAGCCCAGGUGAAGCGCCACCACUUUGCAGGCAGGACAAGGCCUUAUGAGAGGCGGGAUGAUCGAACUUUCAGACGGAACCAGCCAACCCGUAGUGAGGCCACCCAGGGGUCAGUGGCUACUCCGACUUCUCAGAGGUGCCCUACUUGUUCGCGUGUGCACCCUGGAAAGCCGUGCUAUCGAGAGAUCGGAGCUUGCUUACACUGUGGAAGGAUGGGGCACUUUAUCAAGGAUUGUCCCUUAAGGAAAGAAAGAGAGUUGAAGAAGCCAGAGGCCGGUCCUUCUAGCGCACGACAGACGACUGGACGUGUCUAUGCUACUACCGUGGAGGAGCUUCAGGCACACGACCUUGUUGAAGGUUUUGGUGUACCCGGGGCAGCAGGCUGAGCAGAUGGCUACACUCACGUCCUACUGGGGAGGUUUUGGGUUUUGUUUUGUUCUUGUAGUGCCGGCGCGUCGGGUUUUUGGUUUUUACUGAUGCCUUGUUUUGAUGAGGCAUCGAUGUUGUGAUUUUGGGGCAUUUUUGUCAAAUGUACAAUUGAAUUGAAAUGCUAUAUAAUGGAAAGCUUGCCCCAUUGUUUUGA